GCCAUGUCGACGCAGAGCUGUCAGACGAGCCACCGAGCUGGAAAGGUGGCGUGCAAAAGCAGCAAAAUAGGAAAGUUUUGUUUGAGCAGGGUGGUGUGGCUUUCUUUUGGGUGAAUUGUUUGCAAUUUGGAGUGUCCGUGCGGCCGCGACGCAAUGUCGAAAAGCGAGACGAAAGAAGCCACCAUACGGCAGCUUUACACGGAGCUGAACAAAUACUGCUCCAGCGCCGACUACGACAAGGCACUGAAGGCAGCCAACAAAAUUAUUGGACUCGACGCUACCGAAUGGAAGGCGGCGAAAUGUAAGCUGGUCUGUCUGAUACAGAACGGCAAGUUCGAGGAGGCGAUCAAGUUCAUCGAACGUGGCACCUCCAUCCCGGACACCACGUUCGAGAAGGCGUACAGCGAGUACCGGCUGAAUCGGGCCGAGGACGCGUUCCGUACGAUCCAGGCCGUGGCCCCGGGAGGAGGAGGUGGUGCGGACCAGUGGGCUGGGCUGGCGCCGAACCUGAAGGAGCUGCUCGCUCAGAUCCUGUACCGGUUGGAGCGGUUCGACGAGUGCUUCGAGCUGUACCGGAACAUCAUCAAGAACACGCACGACGACUACGAUGACGAGCGGCGCACGAACAUGAGCGCGGUGGCCGCGAACCAAUGCAUCGUCGGUAGCGGCGGCGGCGGCGGGAAGCAGCAGUCGGCUGCCGCCACCAAUCUGCCCGAGGACACGUACGAGCUGACGUACAAUGCGGCGUGCGCACUGGCCGGCCGCCGGGAAUACGGCGAGGCGGAGCGGAAGCUGCGCACGAGCGAGAAAAUGUGCCGCGACUCGCUCGAGGAGGACGGGGCCAGCGAGGAGGACAUUAUCGACGAGAUUACCAUCAUCAAGGUGCAGCUGGCGUACUGUCUGCAGAUGCAGGGCCGCGUCAAGGAAGCGUCCGCACUGUACGCGGACGCACUGCGCCACAAGACGAACGAUGCGGCGCUGACCGCGGUCGUCAGCAACAAUCUCGUUGUGAUUAACCGCGACCAGAACGUGUUCGACUCGCGCAAGAAGAUGAAGGUGGCCACCUCGGAGCAGGCGGACCAGAAGCUGACCAGCCGGCAGCGCAAGACGAUCGCGUUCAACAACUGUCUGCUGGCGUACUUCGCCAGCCCGUCCGAGUGCGGACUGCUCGCGAGUCGGCUCGCCAACGCCCAUCCCGACCUGGAGUUCCAGUCGCUGCUGGUGCGCGUCAGCCAGCUGGCCCGCGACAAAAAGUACCGGGAGGCGGUCGAGCUGCUCGAGGCGUACGCGCAACGGCUGCCGGCCGGGCGUACGACCGAGCUGCUGCAGGUACGGUUCGCCAUCGUGCAGCUGCAGCUGGUGGCCGGCAAUCGGAAGGCGGCGAUCGAGACGCUCGAAUCGCUCGGCGAAGCCCGCUACCAGCCGGGCGUCGUGUCGGCCCUGGUGACGCUCCAUCUCGGCCUGGACAACAAGCAGGCGGCAUCGGAGAUACUGAAGAGUGCGGUCGAGUGGUACAAGCGGCAGAAGAGUGCCACCAUCAGCGACAGCGAUCUGAGCGACAUGUGGCGCCAGGCCGCCAGCUUCCAUCUGCGGGGCGGCGAGCCGGAAACGGCCGCCAAGAGCCUGGAGGAGCUGCUGCGCACCCACCCGAACGACAUGAAGCUGCUGGCGCAGCUGGUGAUCGCGUACGCACAGUUCGAUCCGAAGCGGGCGCAGCAGGCGAGCAAGCGGCUGCCGGCCCUGGAGACGCUCACCACCGUGUCGGAGAUCGAUGCGCUCGAGGCGACGAACUGGAUGAUGAUCGCGAAGGCGGUCAAGCGCAAGCCGAACCAGCCGGCGGGCGGUGGGCGCACGACGGGCGACCAGUCCCCGGGCGCCGGUACCCCGUCCGCCGAGCAGCAGCAGCAGGCCGCCCGCAAGCAGAAGCGCAAGAAGCGCAAGGGCAAGCUGCCGAAGAACUACAUAAUCGGCGUGCUGCCCGACCCGGAACGGUGGCUGCCACGGUACGAGCGUACCGGCUACCGGAAGAAGCGUGACCGCCGCGUGAAGGAGAUCAUCAAGGGCAGCCAGGGAACGGCGUCCGGGCAGGCCGACCAAUUCGACAUGAGUAAGGCGUACAACCAGACGAAGAACUCGCCGGCCACACCGGGCAGUGGUGGUGUGACGCAGCUGGAACAGAAUGCGGCAGCUGCCGCCGCCACCCGCCAGCUGCCACGCAAGAGCCAGCACAAGAAGAAGAAGGGCAAGCACUAGAGGCAGGAAUGGGACGGAAUGCUCCAAACCGGGAGAGAGAGAGAGAAGAGGGAAGGAAUUAUGGAAAUGAAUGGAAAUAAAUAUACUUUAACCGCUUUCAAAUUUCAAA